CCAGAUAUGGCUUCCUCCAGCAGUCUCCUGUCUGAGGAGCAGUUUCAGUGUUCUAUCUGUCUGGAUGUGUUCACUGAUCCAGUCACUAUUGCAUGUGGACACAACUUCUGUAUGACCUGUAUCAAAGGAUUCUGGGACAACAGCGACCCCUGUCAGUGUCCAUUGUGUAAGAGGAAGUUUGAGAAGAGACCAGAUCUCUCUGUUAAUAGAGUGCUUGCUGAUUUAAGUGCUCAGUUCAGAAAGUCAGUUGAGGUGAAGGAAAGUAGAUUUCCAGAACUACAGUCUCUCAGACACAGUGAAGUCCCAUGUGAUGCCUGCACUGACAGAAAACAGGAAGCCCUGAAGUCCUGUCUGAACUGUGUGAUGACUUACUGUGAGACUCAUCUGGAGCCUCAUAAAACUGCAGCAAGACUCAAGAAACACAAACUGAUUGAUCCUGUGGAGAAUGUGGAGGAUUAUAUCUGUAAGAAACACGAGAGACCCCUGGAGCUGUUCUGUAGAGAUGAUCAGACAUGUGUGUGUCAGUUCUGUACUGAGGGAGAGCACAGAACUCACAAUACUGUUCCCAUAGAAGAGGAGAGUGAGAGGAGGAAGACUCAGCUGGGAGAGGUACAGACAGAAAUACAACAUAUGAUCCAGGACAGACUGAAGACAUUCCAAGAGUUCACCAAGACAAUAAAACUCAACAAAAAAAACACAGAGAAAGAGAAAGCAGAUGUUGUUGAGAUCUUCACUGCUCUUAUGAGAUCCACUGAGAGAGUCCAGGCUCAGCUGAUUGAGGUGAUUGAGGAGAAACAGAAAACAGCAGAGAAGGAGGCUGAAGGAGUCAUUAAAGAACUGGAGCAGGAAAUCAGUGAAUUAAAGAGGAGAGACACUGAGCUGGAGCAGCUCUCACACACUGAGGACCUCCUCCACCUCCUACAGAUUUACCCAUCUGUGUGCAGCCCUCCACACACCAAGGACUGGACUGACAUCAGUAUUAAGACUGCUGUGAGUGUGGACACUCUGAGGAGAUCUCUGACUCAGCUGGAGGAAUCAUUCAAUAAGACAGUGGAGAAGAUAACAGAGAUAGAACUGAAAAACAUUCAGCAGUUCGCAGUGGAUGUGACUCUGGAUCCUGAUACAGUUCAUCAAAACCUCAAUCUGUCUGAUAAUGGGAAACAAGUGACACAUGGAGACACAAAACAGAAUCUCCCUGACAACCCUAAGAGGUUUGAUAGUUGUGUCUGUGUCCUGGGAAAGGAGGGGUUCUCCUCAGGGAGAUUUUAUUAUGAGGUGCAGGUCAGUGGGAAGACGAAAUGGGAUUUAGGAGUGGCCAGAGAGUCCGUAAACAGAAAGGGACAUAUUACACUGACCCCUAAGAAAGGAUUCUGGACUGUGUGGUUCAGGAAUGGGAAUGAGUAUAAAGCUCUUGCUGGUCCUGAUGUCUUCCUCUCUCUGAAACAGAAACCCCAGAAGGUGGGGGUGUUUGUGGAUUAUGAGGAGGGUGUGGUCUCCUUUUAUGAUGUGGAGGCCAGGUCUCAUAUCUACUCUUUCACUGGUCAGUCUUUCACAGGGAAAAUCUAUCCAUACUUCAGUCCCUGUAACAAUGGUAGAGGCAAAAACUCAGCUCCACUGAUUAUCACUCCUGUAAGUCAAAAUGAAUGA